GGGUGGUAGAGUCACCGUCACCCAACUGGUCACACCACCGUCGACAUAGCCUGCUGGGAUGAAGCUCGCCACCGUGGAACUAAAGAGAUUGUUACAAAUCUGAGAUCACUGAACUCACAACCUCGGCGACAACUCGUCGAAACGACCAGUUACCAAUAAACAGUGUUUAGAAGAAGGGAGCAAAAUGAUGGAAGAAAUAGAUAGAUUUCAAGUGCCGAGUGCCGUGCAGGAGGCGGAGAUGCAGGCUGAGAUGCAGCCGCUGGACCCGGCCUCUUCCACAGCCUCAGAGGCGGACUCUGACACCAGAGAGGGGGAACCUGUCACUAUCAACUACAAGCCCUCACCCCUGCAGAUGAAAAUUGAGAAACAGAGAGAGCUGGCCAGGAAGGGAUCAUUGAAGAACGGCAACACUGUAGGUAGUCCAGUCAACCAGCAGCCCAAGAAGAACAACAACGUCAUGGCCAGAACACGGUUGGUAGUGCCCAAUAAAGGCUAUUCCUCUUUAGACCAGAGCCCAGAUGAGAAGCCCUUGGUGGCCCUAGACACAGACAGUGAUGACGAUUUUGACAUGUCUAGAUACUCAUCGUCGGGAUACUCCUCUGCUGAGCAAAUCAAUCAGGAUCUGAACAUACAGCUGCUGAAAGAUGGUUACCGUCUAGACGAGAUCCCGGACGACGAGGACCUGGAUCUGAUCCCGCCCAAAUCAGUCAACCCCACCUGCAUGUGCUGCCAGGCGACCUCCUCCACCACCUGUCAAAUACAGUAACCUCACCCCUCUGACCUUCUUCCCCUUUCCACACAAUAUAAUCCCCAAUCUUCAUCUGCUGUGAGUUUACUUUGCCGCCACAGUGAAGCAUUGGUAGAGUAUUGUAAUGACAGUUAAGUGCUAUGAUGAUAAUGGCAAUGAGAAAUAAUCAAAUUUACAUAUCGAGUAUUUGGUUUAAAAUCUAGGACGAGGAACACAUUUAAAAAUAUUAAAUAUGUAUUUAGAAUAUGAGUAAAAGUGGUGGUUUCCUCCUAUGGUAGGACGUGCACUUGUGUUUGAGAGCCCUUCUUCUGGUGAACGGGAUGUAACACACUGAUAUUAGAGGACAUGAAACAGAAGGUCAAUUGAUGCCAUAAAGUUAACUCCAUUUCCCUGAAGAAUAACAACCAUCAUAACUGCUGACUCAACUUACCUUACUGAAUUCUGGGUUGCAUUUUUCUAGGUUUUUUUAUUUGUUCAUUUUUAUUUAAAUGCUUACUUUUUUAGGCUUGAGGGAUACGUAUGAUUGUGUGUGUUGACGUGGGGAUAUUUUAGAACUGUGGACUGCGGUCUUGGUAUCCCUAAAUAGAGAAUAUCUAGUACCGUAUUCAUUGUACUGUACAGGGUUGUUAAGUUGCACAGGCCAGGUUGUUGCACUCAUUCACACCACCCUCAAUACUUUUGCAUUCUCUCCAAUAGUAAUGAAUGUAUGAACAUGAAUGGCUGCGGAACAAAUUGCAUGAGAGCGCUGGACUGAAUAAUAGAAAGGAAAAUAAUAACAAAUUGGCUCGUUGCACACUUGAUUUUUGCCCCAUUUCUAUUGUGCAAUCACAUGCUACUGUUGCACUACAAGUGGCAUUGUUGUGGACUUGUAUUGUUUUGAAUUUGCACAUUUUUGUUUUAUUUUUAUUUGGGCCCAUAUCUGUUUACUCUUUCCUGCAUAGCAAUGACAGUGUCUUAUCUGAUAUGAACUGUGUCAAAAAAGGAAGAUUAUAUAUUGUUGCAACAACCCUCUAACACAUGAUGCUCACACGAUUGAUAUAUUAUCAAGGCCAAAUAGACGGUGGGGGCCUCUAGAUUGAUUUUUCAGCACACUCUGCUGUGAUCCCCCCCUAAAUCUUUUCUUGAUCAGUGGACACUCCUUCCUUCUCAUUUCUGUUGUGAUGCCACAAAUCAUCAAGCAAGCACACGUUUCAGACAGUAGAAAGAUUUACCCUUUCUCAUCUUUCACACAAACACACACACAUAUAUGCAUAUGCAUGCAUACAGAUGUACAAUGCCAACAUAAAGAGUGAGAUACCAUCUUCUAAUCUCUUUUGACAAAUGGGUUGGAAAUUGUUUUGUUAUUGUAACAUCGAGGAUUAUUGACUUGGAGCACUAAUAUCUUUCAUGUACGACCGAUCCCUCCCUUAAACCAGCUGAUAAUUUGCAAUUAGAUUAUGCCUUAAGUACAGAGAAAUUUGAAAUAUGUGUGUAUUUAUUGCCAUCUUGAUAAUUUAGUUUACUUGAAGAGCGUUUGCUGUCUAUGAAGUUAUUCUUUUUUUUUACGUAGACACGGGUGAUACUUGUUUUUCUUUGGUUUUCCUUUUUUAAAUGAAUUUCUUGUAAUGUAAACACUUCCAUUACAGUAUUUAACAAUGUUAUUAAGUGCGGUGUAUGAAAACAAUAAAUAAACACGAAGCUAAUGGAGCA